AUGAGACUCCAUUUGCUUCUCCUUAUUCUCCUUCUUUUUUCAAUUCUUUUAUCCCCAGUGAAGGGGGGAUUGUGGUUGGUGGCUGAAGGUCGUUGUCUCAAUUUGUCUGGUGUUUGCAGAAGAGAUGUCUGCAAAGUAGUAGAAGAUCCAAUUGGUGCCUGCCGAAGAAGGAUGAAGUGAUGUAGAGCAUGGAGGAUAUUAAUGCCAAUUCCAACACCACUUAUCAUGUCAGAUUAUCAAGAACCCCUAAAACCUAAGUUGAAAUGAAACUGACAUAAUAUAAAAAUACAUCAAAAGUGAAGUUAUUUGCAUCUAAGAAUAUUAAA